AUGUAUUAUUUAUUAAAUUAUUCACCUUGUCUAUCAGCGAUUGAAACAAUAACAACCGAACUGGACGAGAAUAUUAUAAAAGCAAUAAGACGUUGUUUUCAGAGUGCAAAAAUUCGGAGCACUCUUUUUUAUUUUCAAAAAGAAACAACAAGUAACUGGAAAAAUUUAGGACUUCAAUUUGAUGAAGAGCAUGUCCAUGAAAAUAAAAUUCUGAAAUAUUGUUGGGCAGCACCAUUAGCUGCUGAACACGAUAACAAAGCAAAUACUUUUAAAAAUGUCAUCGAAAUUUUGUUGAGCCAAGCACAAGAAUCCUUAGACUUGAAUACAACAAAAUUUGUAAAUGAUCUCGAAUGCAAAUGGUCCUCAAGGUUAAAAUACGUGCUACCUUAUUCAACUUACGAAAUUCAGAAUGACAUUGAGGCUAUUGAACGACAACUGGAAUUGGAUUUUUGUGAUGAAACAAUAAAAACAUUAAAGAUUUUAGAAAAAAUGAUGAAAACAAUCACAGGGUUUAAAAUAAACAACAAUAUAUAUAAAUUAUUUAAAGCUAAAGACAAAAGAAAUAUCACUGAUGCUGGGAAAAGACUGCGAGAUGAAAGGUGGUCUUUGGAGCAGUUUUUAGCCAAUUGCUUGACAGGAGACUCCAUCACCAGUCUUUAUUAUAAAAUGGACAUCGAGCCAUCCAUGUACAAUGUCACUGCCGAUAUUAGGGAUCUCGAAGACCCAAAGAAUUCAAGUCCAGACAUUCGGAUGUCGGAUCGUUACAUGGAUCUAAGCACCUGUAGUAAUCCAUCUCAAGGUCGAGAACAUAAACGACAACGAAAAGAAAAACUGGAUAAUAUCAUUGAUAACGUAGCAGCUGGAACAUCAGACACAGAUUCUACAUUUUUCAAAAACAUUUCACAAGCAUCAUCAUCAUCAUCAUCUAUAACAACACCAACACUAUCAACUACAAUAACAACACCAAAAACAGCAGCACCAAAUUCUAUUAAUCAUAUUGAACAUAAAGUAACUGUCGAGUCUUCUUUAGAUGAGUCUGCUGCUGAUGAUUUUGAUGAUACAAUCUUUGAAAAUAGUUUACCAGAAUUUCCUACAUCAAGAUGUACAUUAAAAUCACCAACUACACUACCAUCACCACCACAACAAAUUAUAACAGCAACAACAACAACAACACUACUACCACCACCAAUAAUAACACCAGCAGCAACAACAACAGCCAAAAAAAUAGUACGAACAACUGGUUUCCCAAUAAAAUCUUUAAAAGUUAAAUUUAUCAAAACUAAUGACCAGCAAUGUAAAGUAAAUAAUAAUGGUUUAUUAGAGCCACAAGUAUCUUCAUUAUCAUCAACAUCAAAGUUGCCAUUAACACUUAAUUUCAAUAAAAUUAAUUCCUAUAAAAUAAUACCCAACUUAUCUACUAAUUUAACAAACAAACAUUUAUUAUUAACUCUUCCUAAAACUAAUAUUAAACAAACACAACCAUCAUCUGUUGCUCAUAAAUAUAUCAAAGAGAUUGAAACACCUAUAAACAAAAGACAAAGAAAACAAAUUAUCGUUUGCAGAAAAGAAGCUGCGGAUAAAAUGUUAGGUUUUGAUAAUUAA